CAGAACUUGCAGAAUAACAGAAUUUAUUGCACAGAAGUUUCACAGGUCAGGACGAGCUCUAGAGACUCGGAGACAUCACACAGCCAAAUGGUGAAAAUCCGGCUCGCCUCUGCCAGGCAAGACCUUUUAAAGAGGAGGUGUUGCAAACAAAACUAUAGAUCAAAUGACGUAGCACAUAGGGUCUAUGCCUAAAUUUGGACAUGUUUUUAGUAACUUUAAGUUGAAGUCACCCGCUAGAUCUUUGCGCCUCCCUUAGCAGGCCAGAUACUUUACCAAAGGUCAAAGAUCAUUCCAAGGAGGGGGACAAAUAACCCAAACACAUGGAAUAGCAACUACAAAGCCUGAAAACAUCAGAAACAAGUAACCCAAAAUGGUAGCAUGCCGUCAUUGUAUAUAACCAUGUUAGAGCUGAAUAUAUAACAGUAUACAAAUGUGUAUAUUCAUAUAUAUACAUUUUGUCCAAACUUAUACACCUUCAUAUCCAAAAUCCUUAUUUGUAGCAACAAGAGAGGUAGAUAAACAAAGGAAGAAUAAAUAUUAAGUGACCAAAUAAAGAGACAGUGUCCCUGCAAACACUGAGUGAUAGUCAACUCUCCUCUUCAUCCCUGCACCUUGUGAGCAACAUAUAUUUGUGCUUUAUUUUAAACUGGAUCAUGUUUGGACAUUGUUUUAACUCCACUAAUUAUAAUAACACUAAAAAUAAUAAUAAUAACGAAGUGGUAGGGCAAUACUGGAAAAUACACCUAUAGCCUGCUUUCAGUAGAGAGAAGAACAGUGGCAGGUAGCCUGAGGACCGAUCACAGGGGCAGCGCUGUGGAAGUUUGAGCUUCACGUCACUCACACAAACCUGUUGUUAACUCAACACUGACUAACUACAGUGUGAGGUCCAGUCCCUUAAAACCCACUGAAGGGAUUUGAGUGGACGUGUUUCCUUGGAUUCACACCGAGCAGAGCAGCGGGCAGGUGAGAUGAACUUCAAUUAGGGUUCUGACUUCUCUGAUCCUUUUCUCUGGGUCAUUAAUUAGCACGUUACAUAAUCUCUACACUUAUAUUUAAUAAUGUGUUGAGCUUGUGUGUCUCUGAAAAGUUUCACCCGACUUCCUCUUACUAUUGUUAAAGGUCAAACCAUCACUGCAUCUUAUUCUAAUUUAUUUGUUAUCAUUUCAUGAAGUUUUAUCCUUAAUUUAUUUGUAAUGGUUUUCUCUUUCACCUUAUUUUGCACUUAAUCUACUUUUGCAUUAUUCCGGUGUACACUACUCUCAUCCUAUGCACCGUGUGCCUGAAGAUUGCAUACUAUGUUGUACUGUGUACUAUAUUUUGAGUACUUCAUAGGAUACAUACUUAUGUGUUCUGUCUACUUAAAUGUCGACACAGAGAGAAACAUCUGUCGUGUAUUUAUGGUAAAAUUUACUCAAAAGUUGACUUUGACUUGGUUUAAACUUUCAUACAGAUAAGUCCUUUUUAUUCCUUUACCCUUUGUGUUCUCUUGAAUCUUUCAAUAGUUAAGUUUCAAAAAAGUGUAUUUUUGAAAGUCUCUACAGCAGCUUGAAUCUAUCCUGUGUCUGUGGAACGUGCUUUAUAAGUAGCACAGCCUUGUCUUACAUUAAAGCAAAUUGACAGAAGUCUGAUCUGAAGAUGUCAUCCAAGAAAGUGAUUGAGUUGUUCUACGAUGUGGUCUCUCCAUACUCUUGGCUCGGCUUUGAGCUCAUGUGUCGCUACAGAAAUGUGUGGAACGUGGAGUUGAAACUGCGACCUGCUCUCCUGGGCGGCGUCAUGCAGGGAUCAGGCAAUAGGUCUUCUGGUUUUGUUCCAGAUAAAAUUGUGUACAUGAAAUACGAUGUGCUGCGCAUGUCAAAGUACUUUGAGGUUCCCGUGAUCUUUCCAUUGAACCCCGCUGAAGCCGUUUACAAAAAAGGUUCCUUGUCUACAAUGCGAUUCGUGACAGCAGUACAAGAGAGGCAAAAGGAUGGAGACAAACAGGUGGAGCAGGUGUCCCGUGAGCUGUGGAGACGAAUCUGGAAUCAGGACAAAGAUAUCACUGAACCUGCGUCACUGUCUGAGGCAGCGAAGAAAGCAGGUCUGUCUGAUGAUGAAAUUAAAGCAGCGCUGGAGUCGUACAACACCAAGGAGAUUAAAGACAAGCUGAAAAGCACAACGCAGGAUGCACUUGACUAUGGGGUCAAUCUGAAGAUGUCAUCCAAGAAAGUGAUUGAGUUGUUCUACGAUGUGGUCUCUCCAUACUCUUGGCUCGGCUUUGAGAUCAUGUGUCGUUACAGAAGUGUGUGGAACGUGGAGUUGAAACUGCGUCCUGCUUUCCUGGGCGGCGUCAUGCAGGGAUCAGACAAUAGGCCUCCUGGUAUGGUUCCAAAUAAAAUGGUGUACAUGAGCAACGAUCUGCAGCGCUUGUCAAAGUAUUUUGAGGUUCCCCUGAGCCCUCCAUCAAACCCCGCUGAGACCAUGUUCAUCAAAGGUUCCUUGUCUGCAAUGCGAUUCGUGACAGCAGUACAAAAGAGGGAAAAGGAUGGAGACAAACAGGUGGAGCAGGUGUCCCGUGAGCUGUGGAGACGAAUCUGGAAUCAGGACAAAGACAUCACUGAACCUGCGUCACUGUCUGAGGCAGCUAAGAAAGCAGGUCUGUCUGAUGAUGAAAUUAAAGCAGCGAUGGAGUCGUACAACAGCAAGGAGAUUAAAGACAAGCUGAAAAGCACAACGCAGGAUGCACUUGACUAUGGGUCGUUCGGCUUUCCCAUGAUGGUGUGUCAUAUUGAUGGAAAACCGGAGAUGUAUUUUGGAUCUGACCGGUUUGAGCUCAUGGCCCACCGCCUCGGAGAGAAGUGGUUGGGACCUGUGCCUCACAAGGCUGCUGCCAAGCUGUGAGAUGGAAACUGUCUUCAAACAUGUGGUCAAAGAUCAUGGAAUUCUAUCUGUCUUUAAUGAUGCCUUUAAACUUCAAAAUUCACAUUCUGUAAGCAGUGCCUUUUUAAGCGAAUCAGCAGAUUUCCAAAUAACCAAAUAAUAGUCUAAAUGAUGUAACAUACCAUACCAUGUACCAUUUGAUUUGCAAAUUGUCAUUGAUAUUCUCCAACACUAUUAACACACAAAGAUUGCUUGUUAUAUAAUAUUAUAUUACAAAUGGUGACUAAUGCAGUGUGAAUAAGAUAUGUGUUGACCUUUUUUCAAAUUGUUUCUUUAAAAAAGAAUUUAAAAUUGUUGACAAAUGUGAGCACUUAAAAUAUCUUUACAACGACAUCAUAGUUUGACAUAAACCAUUUAUUGUGUGAAUUUUUCUUAUAAAGAAUAAAUAUGUUGAAUAAAAUUAAACAAA